UCAGGACACGAGUUUCCCCGGGGAGGAGGCGCGGCCCGAGGCCGGCGCGUGUGGGCAGGGCCGGCCCGGGGAGCCCAGCGGACCCCGCGCCGCGCUGCGACCUUGGCCGCGCCGGAGGGGCCCGGCCCUUGCGGGGCAGCCACCGCCCGCCAGAGGGGGCAGCGGCGACCAACUUGCUCAACUUGGCGGCGCGGGCUGUGGCGGCUCGGCGCCUCCCUCUCCUCCCCAGCCUCCUCCCCCGGCCCUCCUCCCAUCCGCCGCCGCCGCCGGCCCGGGGCGCGCCCAGCCCUUCCCCGCAGCCCCGCGCCGCGCCGAGUCGGGUCGCACGCAGAGUCGCCGGCGGGACAGGACGGGCCGGGUCGGGCGCGUGCCCCGGGCCCCGCCGCCGGCAUGGGCGCGCUGGCCCGGGCGCUGCUGUGGCCGCUGCUGGCCCAGUGGCUGCUGCGCGCCGCCCCGGCGCUGGCCGCGGCGCCGUUCACGCUGCCCCUCCGCGUGGCCGCAGCCACUGGCCGCGGGGUUGCGCCUACCCCCGGGCCCGGGCCCCCCGCCGUGCCCCGCGCCGACGGCCUGGCUUUCGCCCUGGAGCCGGCCGGGGGCGCGGCCAACUUCUUGGCCAUGGUGGACAACCUGCAGGGGGACUCUGGCCGCGGCUACUACCUGGAGGUGCUGAUCGGGACCCCCCCGCAGAAGCUGCAGAUUCUUGUUGACACCGGGAGCAGCAACUUCGCCGUGGCCGGCGCCCCGCAUCCUUACAUAGACUCCUACUUUGACACCCAGAGGUCCAGCACUUACCGUCCCAAGGGCUUUGAUGUCACCGUGAAGUACACGCAAGGCAGCUGGACGGGCUCCGUGGGGGAGGACGUGGUCACCAUCACAAAGGGCUUCAACACUUCCUUCCUCGUCAACAUCGCCACCAUCUUCGAGUCGGAGAAUUUCUUCCUGCCUGGCGUUCAGUGGAAUGGGAUCCUGGGGCUCGCUUACGCGGCCCUGGCCAAGCCAUCGAGUUCUCUGGAGACGUUCUUCGAUUCCCUCGUGACGCAAGCCGGGAUCCCCAACGUUUUCUCCAUGCAGAUGUGUGGGGCGGGAUUGCCCGUGGAUGGAUCUGGUACCAACGGAGGUAGUCUUGUCCUGGGAGGAAUUGAACCAAGUUUGUACAAAGGAGACAUCUGGUAUACCCCGAUUAAGGAGGAGUGGUAUUACCAGAUCGAAAUUCUGAAGUUGGAAAUCGGAGGCCAGAGCCUUAAUCUGGACUGCAGAGAGUAUAACGCGGACAAGGCCAUCGUGGACAGCGGCACCACGCUGCUGCGCCUGCCCCACAAGGUGUUCGAUGCGGUGGUCGAAGGCGUGGCCCGCGCGUCUCUGAUUCCAGAAUUCUCGGAUGGUUUCUGGACUGGGUCCCAGCUGGCAUGCUGGGCGAAUUCCGAAACACCUUGGUCUUACUUCCCGAAAAUCUCCAUCUACCUGAGAGAGGAGAACUCCAGCAGAUCCUUCCGCAUCACUAUCCUGCCUCAGCUUUACAUUCAGCCCAUGAUGAGGGCUGGCCUGAAUUAUGAGUGCUACCGAUUCGGCAUUUCACCUUCCACGAACGCGCUGGUGAUUGGUGCUACCGUGAUGGAGGGCUUCUACGUGAUCUUCGACAGAGCUCGGAAGAGGGUGGGCUUCGCCGCAAGCACCUGUGCAGAAAUUGCAGGUACCCCGGUGUCUGAAAUUUCUGGGCCUUUCUCAACAGACGACAUAGCCAGCAACUGUGUCCCCACCCUGCCUUUGAACGAGCCCAUCUUGUGGAUCGUCUCCUAUACUCUCAUGAGUGUGUGUGGAAUCAUCCUUCUCACCUUAAUCAUCCUGCUACUCCUCCCGGUCCGGUGUCGGCACGGCCCCCGGGACCCCGAAGUUGUUAACGAUGAGUCCUCCCUGGUCCGGCAUCGCUGGAAAUGAAGAGCAAAGCCUGAACUCCAGCAACCUUGAACUCAGCUCCUAAGAGAAUUAAGUCCUAAGUGCAGCAGGCAGGGGGCGCCCGGCCAGGGUGCUCCCCGUGUCCAUUACUCUUAAAUCUCUCUUCUGCUCCCAGAUGCCUUCCAGAUUCACUGUAUUUUGAUUCUUGAUUUCUUAGCAUCCUUCUUCCGAGAAAAAUGAUAAUAAAACCACCUCAAUCUAAACCAAAACAGAGUGCAUUGGGCUUCAGACCAUGUGACUGGCAUACCACACCGUCUUGUCGUGCCUCGAAACCAAAAGCAAGCCGUGGCUGGCACGCCGCGCUCCGCUCCCAUCUCUGGAGAAGGGAGGGCAUAUAGUCCAUCUCUCCUCUCGACUCCCGGGAAGCUUGGCACCCGUUGCACUUAAGGGUGUUCUGCACCAGGCGUCCACCAGGGUCCGAGGGGUCCAAGGCUCACAACACGAUGGCAGGAGAAGCAGCCUGGGGCCUGAUGAUAGAACCAGCCGCCCUUCUGAGUCGGAGACAGCAGCAGGCCCCUUUUCUGGGCCUUUCUGGGCCCUGAGUGGAGAUCGGCACCCAGUGGUCCUCACCAGCCCCUCUGAAGAUGCCAGGCCUUCGCCCAUCAGUGCUUCCAUAGUGUUGCUGGCGUGAAGGUCAAAGACAGACGCUAUCUCCACCGAGACUCCGCCCAGGGUCCUACCCCAGGUGGGGGUGCAGGAAGCUGGUUCCAGCCGUCGCCCUGUCCUGAAAGAACCUUCCUGCCAGCAGGCCGGCGGCUGGCUCUGAACCGCACGUGCGUCGGGAGCUUCCGCCACCACGCCGGGCUCUAGCUCAUACGCUCAUCUUAAAGUCAGUAAACAGCGUUUCAGUGAGAGAAACACAGUCCAUGUCACGGGCUUAGUGGUUCCUUUGCCCAAACCUUCUACCAAGGUAGGUUGAUGGUUACCCUUUUGAGAAGUAGGAAACGGCUAAAUGCCUGCACUUCUGACCGGCUCUCAGGGGAAGGAAGACGCAAGACAUGCCAAGGACUUGAGGGACCUUCUGGUUAUUCCUGUGCUUGGAAACCACGUGUUGCCGUUGGCAGAACCCCUUGGACUCCAGCACACCCGCCUGCAUCCGCUUAAACCAACCGGCUGAGCGGGUGGCCCACAUGCUCGCCCCUUGGGCGCGUUCUGUCCUUGGUGCCCCGCUGGGUGUGCAGGGGUGUCUUUAUUUGGGGAAAUCCCCUCUUGCUAUCAUUUGAGGCCUUUGCCAAAGAAAAGCAAAAAACCUGUAACUCGAAAUAAUCAGCCUUACAUGAUCUGAUGUAACUGGGAGAAGGGUUCAAGGCCAGCGUCCCUUCUCUCUUGUCUGUGUGCCAAGUUCAAUGUUCACUCUGCAUUGCUACUGCGGUGAGUUGGAUGUAUAAUAAAAUCCCACUGGAAGGGCUAACUGUG